GUAAGUGGCGCCUUAUGAGUACAGCUAAGUAGAAUUCUCACACUAACUAUAGCUGCAUUUCUGAAAGGAAAGAUUCUGUAUUAACGCAAAACAACGUGUGAACUUUCUUUAUAUCGCAGUUAUAUCUAAAAUGGGGAACACGUUCAAAUGCAUCUGGUAAAAGUUAUGUUGAUAUAAACCACCAUACCACUCCUCAAUGUCAAAUUAUUAUUGACUAGUUACCACACAGGUGUGAAUAAGAGUAAUAGAUAUAUUUACACAGAUAGGAUCAGGAGAACCGGACAGUAAGCGUAUUCUUCUUCAUGGACGUAACUAACGAUAGUCUAGUUUAAAUCAUGGUUAAAUCACAUUCUCAAUACCUAUUCGCUAACUAUUUUAAUGUUUUAAUGAAGAACACCCCAGAAAAUAUCGUUCAGUGAUAUUUUUACUUAAGCAUAUCGAGUAGUCGAUUUACCUCUUUGUUUCACGAAGACGCGGACCAUGCCUAGGCGAUGUUGGUCGUGUAUCUUCCUUUGGCUAACGAGUAUUGUUGGACUAAGCCUACCCCUGCUGUGGAUGGACUUGGUUUAUAAGAAACAAGUGGAUGUGAUUCCUACAGCUUCUACAGCUUCUACAACUCCAACAUCUCACUUAGAGAGCUGCAUGAUCCCGCCACACUCUGACCUCGUGACGUACAAUCUGUCUAGACUGGCCUCCCUCUACCACAAGUACCUGUCGAGUGAACAGAUCCCCUGUAAACAGGGCGUCAGGCUGGGCAGGAAACGGCCGGGAGGCUGGGAUGUUUGUAUAGAUGAAGAAUUCAGCCUGGCCGAUCCUUGUAUCGUUUAUUCUUUCGGCAUUGGAAAAGACUACUCCUUCAGUGAAGAAAUAGCAAAGACAUUUGGUUGCUUUGUCUACGCCUAUGACCCGGGGAUAAAGCGUACCGGUAGACCACACAUAGACAGACUCUUGUAUACUCCUGAAGGAAUCAACAAUUACACAGGAUUCAGUAACCAUCGACGAAUGAGCACUUUACAAGAUAUACGACGCCAUCACGGUCAUAGCGAUAAAACAAUAGACGUAAUAACUUUAGACAUAACUCCCACGGAACUCGUCGUCAUCCCUCACGCCCUACAAAACGGUGACCUCCAAACAGUUAAACAGCUCAACCUGAGACUCGGCAAUCCAGUUCACAUCUUAAGGGAGACGGUCGAGGCUUACAUCAGCAGGCUCGACGUUCUCCGUGAUCUGUAUGUCUUCGGAUUUAGAAGCUGGAUUAUAAAUGAAGACACCAAGUGUUUAUUCCAUUCUGAAGUCAUGCAUAAGCACGUCAUAGGAUGUCAUGAGGUUUCAUUUUUAAACCUUAGAUAUAUAUAGAACUCCUUAAGGGGUUAUCAAAUGUUCAUAUAUAGGAAUUUAUUCGAAUCAACAGUACAUCAAAUUUAUAUUUUAAAGUAAACAAAAGCUGCUUUGUACCUAAUUAAUCAAGUGGCCUUUACUUUCGAAACACCAGUUAUAUUCCAUAUUGAUAACAGUUGACUUAUAUUCGUAUAAGUAGCUCCAUCGUUCAAAGAGGAUGAGUACACGUACUACAGGCGAUUUUAGUCGUAUAAGUUACAACAGAAUGAUAACCAGGUGGUUAUACCAGAACAUUCCAAGCGAUUUGUCACUGAAAUAGAGGCCGUUUAUAGAUAUAAACAAGCUGCAAGAUAAUGGUAAUGCAAUAGGCGAGUUCUGGAAGAGAGUAGUUUGCGUAUGGUGUGUCUGAAAACAAUACAACUGUUGUUUUUGUGUGUGUUAAGGUGUGUGGUUGGGUGCUGUGCAUUCUAUAGCACCCACACACAAGAAGAAGCAAACGGGUGUUUAAUAAGAACAAUUGUUUCAAAAACAAAAGUACACAAGCACAGAAUCAGACCUCUAAAGACAAAAAGAACUAACAUGUAUAUUAUCUGUCCUAGUCUGCUAUUCUAUAUAACCGAGAACAUCACCCAUCGUUAUCCAGCGAUAACAUCUAAUAGUCACCCAUAACGAUAAUGUUAAAGACUGUGUUCAAUUAAGCAUGAAACUCAUACUUGGUUUUCCUGAUAAUGUGCAUUUUUUCAAUCGCAAUUUUUUCAAGUUGUGUUCCAUUUGUUUCAAACCCCUUUGUGAUUCAUAUCAUUUGUGGACAUAUAUGUACAUUUUUUUGAACAUAUAAUUUUACAUCCGCAAUAAAGACAACGUCAGAGAUUGACGUAUCUGUAGUAAAGCGUAUACAAGAUAUCGAUACAAUGUACAUUUUCGCGUGUUUUACAUACAACUUGUACUGGGUAAAUAUUACACAUGAUAAACCCUUAGUAACGUCUAUCAAAUCACAAGAGGGCCUUGGUGUUCACAUCCUCAAAACUCUGGGGCUUCUGGAAUAUGUCAUGGCAAAAGUGAAGACACAACUAGGUAUAUUAGUUAGGUGUCGGGAAAACACUGACCAAUCGCCGAGCUGGUGCAUUUCGUUUGAAGAUCACAGAGAAGCCGUUUCAAAGCCAGUCGAUCUAGCGGUAUGGUGACAUUGAGGUUCAACUAGUAGUUUUGUUUUAUCCACAAGAUGUGGCUGACAGAGCUUUCACUUUUGUUAUGACGUAUUCCAGGGGAGCAGAGAUGCAUUCUAGAAAGUUACGAAAAGCCUUGUGAUAUGACAGAGAUUUUCAACUGACAUAACUUACCUAUAGAGUACGAUACUAUUUGAUUGGCUAUACCACAGGAUAAUUAUAAAUUAGGUUCACCCUUUGAUCGAGUCACUAUUUGGAGUUGGCUCGCUCGCACACCAAUACUUAAAUAUGUGAACCCAAUGGGCGAGAUACAAACAGGAAAUGAUCAGGAAAUAGUGCUAUCAUGUUCAACGUUGUUAUUGGGAUUGUCAUAAAUCAAACGUUUUAAAUCAUCAACAGGAAGAAUCAUCUUGACCAACAGAUUAUGUGUAUGUUUGUAAAACGUGUCUAUAUAACACUAUAUUUGUAUCAAUUUGAAGUGACCUUGUAUAUAAAUAUAAGUCAAAACUGAAAGCAAUGUCACGAAAAACGAAUGUACAAUGUAUAUCCUUCAGAAUUGGAAAUAAA